UCAUCAAAACCUUUUAUUCCAUUUUCUGCAUUAACACAAAACUCAUCAUCAUCAUCAUCAUGAUGCAAAACUUCAACACAGCUCAAUCAGAUUCACCACUCUAUUCUCACUCUUCCUUCUUGCUGAGGGGAGAUGAACCCUUUCCCAAUCUAUAUCCACCAACGCGUUUCUUUGAUCCUCAACUUUCAUUUCAACAACACCACCAUGCUGUUGAUUUAAGUUCUGUGUUUGGUGCAAAGUCUAAUAAUGUUGCUGCUGUUGCAAGUAACUUGCAGUACGGAACAUUCAACAAUUAUAACUUUGGUUCAGCUUCUUCAGCUAUGGAAGAUAACAGUCAAAAGACUGAAGAUACUUCAACAGAAGAUAAUAUUGACAUUGAUCAUAAAAACAACCAAUGUUUCUCUAAUGUGUCUUGGUGCAAUGGUGUUGGGAACAAAGCUCUUGUAGAUGUUGACUCCAAGGAUCAAUGUAAUAGUACUAAGGAUAAAACUGAGGAGCAAAAGACUCUUCGUCGGCUUGUGCAGAAUCGUGAGGCUGCAAGGAAAAGUCGGUUAAGGAAAAAGGCAUAUGUGCAGCAAUUGGAGAACAGUCGACUUAGGCUUGCUCAAAUAGAGCAAGAGCUUCAACAAGUACAACAGCAGGGUGUAUUUGUUGCAAAUGGUGUUGCAGCGGAUCGUGGUCAUUCAGUUGUUGGAAACGGUGCAUUAGCAUUCGAUAUGGACUAUGCCCGUUGGGUUGACGAACAUCAACGAUUAAUCAAUGACAUAAGAUUAGCUAUAAAUUCACAAAUCGGCGAUAAUGAACUGCAUCUUCUUGUUGAUGGUGCCAUGACACAUUAUGAUGAGUUAUACAAGUUGAAGAGUAUAGGUGCAAAAGCUGAUGUAUUUCACAUACUUUCUGGGUUGUGGAUAACACCUGCAGAAAGAUGUUUCAUGUGGCUCGGUGGAUUCCGUUCAUCUGAACUUCUCAAGAUAGUUACAAACCACCUUGAGGCAUUAACGGAUCCACAGUUGAUGGCGAUCUACAAUCUGCAGCAUUCUUCUCAGCAGGCUGAAGAUGCAUUAUCUCAAGGCAUGGAAGCAUUGCAACAAUCUCUUACAGAAACACUUUCCUCUACCUCAUCCACUGCAUCUGGAAAUGUUGCCGAGUAUAUGGGCCAAAUGGCCAUUGCAAUGACCAAACUUGCCACACUAGAGACUUUCAUUCAUCAGGCUGAUCUCUUGAGGCAACAAACACUGCAACAGUUGAAUCGAAUUUUGACCGCGCGCCAAGCUGCUCGUGCUCUCCUUGUGAUAAACGAUUUCAUUUUACGAAUUCGAGCACUCAAUUCAUUAUGGUUAGCCUGUCCUAAAGAAUACUAGGGAAUUGACACAUUGUUCUAGGCGAUUAAUUGACUUAACUGAUAAGAAACCUUGUUACUUAUAUAUGUAUAUUAUCACAUUCAAGUGGAUGUUGUGGCAGUGUUACACUUGAAA